GCUCGUUUUUCCACCUUUUCUACUCACAAGACACAAAGCCAUAGCCUUUCUUUUGCUUCCUUCCCCCAAUCAAUCCGCCACCGCAAACCCUAACCACCACCGCCAGGGGAAAACCUCCGAUCACCCUAGCCAUGGCGUGGAAGCAAAUUCUAACUCUCGCCCGGCGGUCGCACCACCGACCGCGAUCUUCGCCCGCCGCUCUAUCCGCCAUACGAUCCUCUUCCUCCUCGGCCCUCGCCGAGUCCCGCGACUCCUCCCUCCCGUCCCCGCCGCCGCCGAACGCCAUGAUCUAUGAUCGCCUCGCCGAGUCAGUGAAGUCGAAGAUCAAGCAGCUGGAGAAUCCGGAUCCCAGGUUCCUCAAGUACGGGUCGCCCCACCCGGUUCUGCGGACCCACACCCACAUCCUCUCUGCACCGGAAACCCGGGUCACCACCCUCUCCAAUGGCCUCCGCGUCGCCACCGAGUCGUCUCUCUCCGCCAAGACCGCGACGGUCGGGGUGUGGAUUGAUGCCGGGUCCAGAUUCGAGACCGACGAUACCAAUGGCACCGCGCAUUUUUUGGAGCAUAUGAUAUUCAAGGGGACUGAGAGGAGGUCGGCUAGGGAGCUGGAAGAGGAGAUCGAGAACAUGGGGGGACAUUUGAAUGCCUACACUAGCAGGGAGCAGACUACUUAUUACGCCAAGGUUAUGGAUAAAGAUGUCAAUCAGGCGUUGGAUAUCUUGUCUGAUAUAUUGCAGAAUUCCAAGUUUGAAGAGCACCGGAUCGCCAGGGAGCGAGAUGUGAUUUUGAGAGAAAUGGAAGAGGUUGAAGGACAGACUGAAGAAGUCAUCUUUGACCACUUGCAUGCAACUGCUUUCCAGUAUACCCCUUUGGGCCGCACCAUUCUUGGCCCUGCUCAAAACAUCAAAACAAUUACCAGGGAUCAUCUACAGAGCUACAUCCAGACACACUACACAGCUCCUAGAAUGGUAAUUGCUGCUUCUGGUGCUGUUAAACACGAAGAAAUAGUUGAUCAAGUGAAGAAGUUGUUCACCAACUUAUCAUCUGAUCCAACUACUGCUUCACAACUGGUGUCAAAGGAGCCUGCAUUUUUCACUGGCUCUGAGGUGAGGAUAAUUGAUGAUGAUCAGCCUUUGGCGCAAUUUGCGGUUGCUUUUGAAGGUGCAUCAUGGACAGAUCCAGAUUCUAUUGCCUUAAUGGUCAUGCAAUCCAUGUUAGGUUCAUGGAACAAAAGUGCAGGUGGCGGCAAGCACAUGGGUUCAGAGCUGGCACAGAGGGUUGGCAUUAAUGAGCUUGCUGAAAGUGUGAUGGCAUUCAACACCAACUACAAAGACACUGGCCUGUUUGGUGUUUAUGCUGUGGCUAAGCCUGAGGAUUUGGACGAUUUAACCUAUGCAAUAAUGUAUGAGAUUGCCAAGUUGUCCUUCCGGGUUUCAGAAGAUGAUGUUGUACGUGCUCGGAAUCAGUUGAAAUCAUCCUUGCUACUCCAUAUUGAUGGAACUAGUCCUGUGGCGGAAGAUAUUGGCCGCCAGCUACUUACUUACGGGCGCAGGAUCCCGUUUGCUGAGCUAUUUGCGAGAAUCGAUGCUGUUGAUGCCAGCACCAUUAAACGUGUGGCAAACCGAUUCAUUUAUGACAAGGACGUUGCAAUUGCUGCCAUGGGUCCCAUUCAAGGCUUGCGCGACUACAACUGGUUCAGACGUAGAACCUACUUCCUCCGCUACUAAAUUUAUUGUGGCAGCAUUUUUUGUGUUUCUCAACCACCGCGAGGCUACAAAAUCUGAACUAUUUUUCCAGACAAGCAGUAUUGGCUCAUGGAAUGUCCUUGGAGCUUGCCUCGUUUAAUUUGUUAUUUUCCAGGCUUUCAUUCUCCUUGUGCCUUUUGUAAACCAAUUCUACAGCAAUAAAAUUGUUUUAGGCUCGAGAUAGUCUGGCUGUGAUGAGCAUUGUUAGUCACAAGCGAUUUUGCUUAUAAAUUGUUGCAGUACACCAAAUCUGCAUUUCCUGCUUGUAUAAAGCUGAAACCAAGCGGCUACUUUUACAUCCUCGUUCUUCACUAGAAGAGGGCCACAAAAAGCCUUUUGGAUCUAAUAAUCACUUGUUGAAAUCUAUGAAUGGGUUCUUAUAAUAGUCACAAUUGUUACUUUGUCUAGGUUUCGCUUGGGU